GGAGGAGGCGGGGAAGAUGGACCCGGCGCCCUCGCUGGGCUGCAGCCUCAAGGAUGUGAAGUGGAGCUCGGUGGCCGUUCCGCUCGACCUGCUGGUCAGCACUUACCGGCUGCCCCAGAUCGCGCGGCUGGACAGCGGAGAAUGCAUAGAAGGGCUACGGGAAAACGAAUACCUUCUGAUUCAUUCGUGCCGUCAGUGGACCACCAUCACUGCCCACAGCCUGGAGGAGGGACACUACGUCAUUGGGCCAAAGAUAGAGAUUCCAGUACAUUAUCCAGGUCAAUUCAAGCUGCUGGAACAAGACCGAGAUAUAAAGGAGCCAGUGCAAUAUUUCAACAGUGUGGAGGAGGUGGCUAAAGCAUUUCCUGAACGCGUGUACGUCAUGGAGGAAAUAACAUUCAACGUGAAGGUUGCUUCAGGUGAAUGCAAUGAGGACACCGAAGUUUAUAACAUCACCCUCUGCACUGGGGAUGAACUCACUCUCAUGGGGCAGGCAGAAAUCCUGUACGCAAAGACUUUCAAGGAAAAGUCUCGACUCAACACUAUCUUCAAAAAGAUUGGGAAGCUCAAUUCCAUCAGCAAGCUGGGAAAAGGCAAAAUGCCAUGCCUGAUUUGCAUGAAUCACCGGACCAAUGAAAGCAUUAGCCUGCCAUUCCAGUGCAAGGGCAGAUUUAGCACCCGGAGUCCCCUGGAACUUCAGAUGCAGGAGGGCGAACACACCAUCCGCAACAUCGUGGAGAAAACCAGGCUCCCCGUGAACGUGACUGUGCCCAGCCCUCCACCCAGGAACCCGUAUGACCUCCACUUCAUCCGCGAGGGCCAUCGCUACAAGUUUGUGAACAUCCAGACCAAGACGGUGGUGGUUUGCUGUGUGCUACGCAACAACAGGAUCCUCCCCACGCACUUCCCUUUGCACUUGACUGUCCCCAAGUUUAGCCUCCCAGAACACUUGGUAAAGGGAGACAUGUGGCCCGAGACCCUGGUCCAUCACUGGCUGGGUAUCUGCCAAGAACAGUUCGACAUCGAUGAGUAUUCCCGGGCUGUCCGAGAUGUGAAAACUGACUGGAAUGAGGACUGCAAGAGCCCCAAGAAGGGCCGGUGCUCUGGCCACAACCACGUGCCCAGUUCUCUUAGCUACGCCCGUGAUGAGCUCACCCAGUCCUUCCACCGGCUCUCCGUCUGUGUGUAUGGCAACAAUCUCCAUGGCAACAGUGAGGUGAACCUCCAUGGCUGCAGGGACCUGGGGGGAGACUGGGCCCCCUUUCCUCAUGACAUCCUGCCCUAUCAGGACCUGGGUGACAGUGGGAGCGACUACCUUUUCCCGGAAGCCGGGGAAGAAUCAGCUGGCAUCCCGGGGAAGUCAGAACUUCCUUAUGAAGAGCUCUGGCUGGAGGACGGCAAGCCCAGCCAUCAGCCUCUCACUCGUUCCCUGAGCGAGAAGAGCAGAUGCGAUCAGUCUAGAGGUUCUGUUCGGUCCAAAUGUGCAACCUCUCCUCUUCCUGUCCCGGGAACUCUGGGAGCAUCCAUGAAGUCUUCAGAGAUUGCCCUACCUCCACCUCCAGUGCCUCCGAAAUCUGACGCCGUCAGGGAAGAGUGCCGGCUCCUGAACGCCCCUCCUGUUCCACCCCGAAGCGCAAAGCCUUUGUCCACAAGCCCCUCGGUCCCUCCUCGUACAGCCAAGCCAGCGCGGCAGCAGACUCGCUCUCCCAGCCCCACCUUGUCCUACUAUUCUUCAGGGCUGCACGACAUCAGCGUUCCUAAGAGUGACACGAGUCCUUCCGAAAGUGCUCCUGUGUCCUGCUAUCCCUGUACCCGCAUGAAAACUGAUUCUGUGGACCUGAAGUCCCCGAUGGGAAGUCCCUCUGCUGACACUCUCUCCUCCAGGCUCUCGUGGCCCAACCAUUACUCGGGAGCGUCGGAGAGCCAGACCAGGAGUGACUGCCUGCUGGGUCCAAGCAGGAGUUACAGUUACCCCAGACAGAAGACGCCAGGCACACCAAAGAGAAACUGCCCAGCACCCUUCGAUUUGGAUGGCCACGAGCUCUCGGCCAGUCCCCCCGGCUCCGUCACUUCAGAAUUCAGUGGCAGCGUCUCUGCCUGUCCCAAGUCAGCCAGCUACUCUGUGGAGAGCACAGACGAGAAAACGCUGGCUCCUGACACAACAAAGCAGAGUAUUUCGUGCCCUGCCUUACCCCCCAGGGCUCCAAAACCGGUGGAAGAGAAGGCCGCCUCGGACACUUCUCCUUUGCCUCUGAAAAUUGAUGGUGCUGAGGAAGACCCCAAGUCUGGGUCGCCGGACCUCUCUGAGGACCAGUACUUUGUUAAAAAGGGCAUGCAGGACAUCUUCUCCGUUGCCUACCCUUUCUCAUCUCCGCUCCACCUCCAGCUGGCCCCCAGGUCCUGUGGCGACGGCUCCCCGUGGCAGCCGCCCGCUGACCUGUCGGGACUCUCUAUCGAAGAAGUGUCCAAGUCGUUACGGUUUAUUGGUUUGUCUGAAGAUGUCAUAUCAUUCUUCGUUACUGAAAAGAUCGAUGGCAAUUUGCUCGUCCAGCUAACGGAAGAAAUCCUCUCGGAGGAUUUCAAAUUGAGCAAACUGCAGGUGAAGAAAAUAAUGCAAUUCAUUAAUGGCUGGAGGCCCAAAAUAUAGCCAAAUAACCCCAGCUAGCAUUGAACAAAACGGACAAGCGUGUGUGCUAGAAGGGGUGGGCUGGGACACAAUUCCAUGUUUUUUGCACUACAAACCUUCUCUGUAAAUAGGGAUAAGAGAAACUCUUACUAUGCAGACUACGUUUUUGAAUGGUGAACAUGCUAUUUUGUACAUCAAUAAAAAUGCUGUACAGAACA